CUUCAAGCAGAGCGCGAGCACUGACAGCAGACGGCUCCCAGGUGUUAUGACGCAGCAGAUGCAGAACCUACAGUUGUCCCAGACCAGGAAGUGCCCCGGUGGGCCGGCCUCCCCCAAUGCCGCCAAGCGCCUCUACAGGAACCUGUCGGAGAAGCUGCGAGGAAGCACCUCCUCCUUCGAAGAUGCCUACUUCUUUGGCAAGACGGAUCGGCUCCGUAAAGCCUCGCUGUCACGUCUGAUGGAGCGUGCCCGCCUGACCUUUCAGUCUGACAGACGUUUACAGGCGAGCCGUCAGAGCCGACGUCCCGUCAACGCGGCUUGUCAGGAGGUCGCUCGGGUCAGAUGUGGAGGUUUGUGUGAAGCACAGAUAAAAGCAGAAAGCUGCAGUUUGCUGUUUGUAACCAGCUGCUGUGUUUCUCCUGCAGUCGUGAGCGUGGAGAGUCGCGAGGCUCACCUCAACUCUCUGGUGCUGGAGGCGGAGCGGCGGGCGGUCGACCUGGCGGCGCAGGCUCAGAGGGACGGCCUCUCGCUGGAGGCCUGCCACAAAGACAAACAGCUGAGGGCGUGGGAGUGGAGGUGCAAGCUGUACAAACGCAUGAGGACGGGCUUCCAGCACGCACGUACCCCGGAGGCCCCGUCCAUGGUUCGACUGAGCGUGAGCAGUAGCAGCACGCUGACCGUCACCUUCCAGGAGCCGCAGUGUCUCAACUCCACUGUGGUGACCAAGUACAGAGUGGAAUGGAGCUGCCUGAAGGACUUCUCGCUGCUCGCCGGAGAGACGGUGUUGGAUAACCUGCAGAGCCUCAAGUGCACCAUCAGCAGCCUCACCACGGGUCGGCUCUACUACGUUCGAGUGUCGGCUUAUAACAUGAAGGGCUGGGGUCCGCCCGCCUCCUCCCUCCCUCCGUCUGCAGCUCCAUCCAAUUGGCGGGAGAGCGAUGGCCGGGAACCCAGGAGGCGGGGCCACAUCGAGGCCAUGGAGCGUCUGCUGCAGCAGGUCCGAGCGACUCACACACACUACUGCUGUGGAGAUGCCUCGAAGCUGCAGAACCCCAGCAGGAAGCAGUCUGUCUCCAGAAGUCUGAAACAUCUCUUCAACUCCUCCAACAAGUUUGUAAAGACACUGAAAAGGGGGAUCUACCUGGCGGCCGUGUUCUACCAUAAGGACAGUUUACUGGUGACGGCCGAGGAGCAGAUCCCCAUCGUGGAGGUCGAUGACUCGUACAGCAGCUCGCUCAUGCAGGACUUCCUGUGGUUCACAAAGCUGUCCUGCAUGUGGGAGGACGUCCGGUGGCUGAGACAGAGCAUGUCGGUGUCCAUGUCGUCGUCCUCCACCCUGCAGGCCAGGCACAAGAUGCUCACCGCCGCCGGCCAGCUGCAGAACCUCCUGGGAACCCACAACCUGGGUCGGGUCCACUACGAGCCCAUCAAGGAUCGCCAUGGCAACGUGCUGCUGGUGACGAUCCGCGACACGGAGAGCCAGCACUCGCUGUUCAGCGGGAAGUGGAUGCAGGUGACCAAACUGCAGAGCCAGAGGAAGUCUCUGUCCACGCCCGAGGAGCCCUACGCCCUCGACAUCCUCAUCAUCACCAUACAGGACAUUUUGGCGUACCAGCGGCGCAGCACCCACCGGCUCGCCCCGGGACUCUACCUGGGCUACCUGAAGCUCAGCAGCUCCGUGGACCAGAUCAAGGUCCUGGUGUCCCAGCGGACCCCCAACAUGCUCUGCCACGCCCGCGUGCGAGACAACGCCAACGUGUCCAGCUCCUUCCUGCUGCUGUUGCCCGCCGCCGAUGACGUCUGCUCCGCCCCCGGACAGUCCAACCCCUACACGCCGCUGUCGGGGUUCCUCCACCUGCCCCUGCAGAUGUUCGAACUCGUGCACUUCUGCUCCUACAAAGAGAAGUUCAUCAGCCUGUACUGCCGCCUGUCCUCCGUCCUCGACCUGGACGCCCUCAUUACCCAGCAGGCACUGCGGGAGGCCAUCACUGACGGCGAGGUGGCCACGGCCAAGCAGAGGCACCAGCUCAUCCUGGAUUACAUCCAGCAACUGGACGAGAUGCGGCGGGACCUUCGCUGGAUUACGGACGCCCUACAAUACGCACGCUACAAGCAGCCCCGAGGCGGCGUGCCCAUCACCUGCUUGGUGGAUGCCAGCGUUCCUGAGAGCGACUCCGGUCAACAGAAGACAGACUCCACUUCCUCAAACAUGGACUACCUGCCCACGCCGUCUCCUUCCCCGGAGCUGCGCCGGAGGAAAGCCGUCAGCGAGUCGCUGCUGGGCUCAGAUGAAGAUGCGUCCUCGGAGGUGUUCCUGCCCACAGACAGCGACUACGACUCCAGCGACGCCCUGAGCCCCCGUGACCUGGACCUGCUCUAUUCUCCGGGCCAGGAUCUGUCCCAGCAGGCCCUGCACUCGCUGGGCGGCAGCGCCCCGGACGUGCUCCAAAUCAACGACCUGCGGUAUAGCGUGUGCCCGGCUAAAGACCUCCCCCUCUCCCCCGUGGUGAAGGAUCCUAAGGACGCUCCCCUCUCCUCACCUCUCCUCCCUCGCUCGCCCUCUCGCUAUCGAACCCUGCCCACCUCCCCCUCCCUCCCCCUCUCCCCCAGGUUCUCCAAAGAUCUUCCCCUGUCCCUGUCCCCGGCUCUGUUUGACACCACCCGGACUCUGGAGGGCCUCUCGCUCUCAAAGACCCACCACGAGGGCCCCGCCCCCCUCCGGACCCUCGCCAACCCACCCGCCAAACGUAAGAUCCUGUCCAGGAGCCACCGCGGGCAGUACUUCAGCGGGCCCCAGCGCUGGCUCAGGGGCCACAGCGGGGAGAGUCACACCGGAUCGUUGUCAGAGGGAAUCUACACCAAGCAGCUCGACCCCGACCUGCCCCUGCCGGGGGACCUGCCCUCCCCGGAUGGCACCACCUAUGUCAGCCACGCCUCCUGUGUCCUGGAGAGCCGCAAAACCCGACACCGGGAGCCGCGACCGCACGUUCGCAGGAUAUUCGUUGAGCCCUGCAAAGAGCUGUCACCGGGCCACGAGAGAAGGGGGUGGGAGGAGGAGGAGGAGCAGGGGGCAGUGGUGAUGGAGAAGGUGAAGGCCGCAGGCGUGUCGGUAGUCGUGGAGGGGGAGGAGCCAGAGGGAGCCACCGCCCAGGAGGUGGACUCGGAUGACCAAACCAACGCCCAGGUGUCGGAGAUCCUCAGCAGCACGCUUUAAGUUCUUCAGACAUAUUGGUGAUUGGCUGGGUGUGUUGCUGACGAGCUGCCCUCCGACCUCCGCAGAUUGUAAACUCAACUAAAGUUGCUGGUUCAACUCUGCCACGCCUCAGAACCGACGGCAUCGACUGUUACCCAGGAAAAAAAAUCAAUGCAACGACAAACCAAGCACUGCUUCUCCGACCAGGAACUUUGCACACGACUCCGCAUGUCGACCAACAAAAAGAAAAGAAAAAAAGGUGGUUUGAUUGAUUGUUGCGCUUAAAAAAUCCCAGUUUAGAGUUAUUUUUUCGACCCCGCCCUCAGAGCAUGGAUACCCACCCUCGACUUGAAUGUACGGUUCAGCCUGUUUGUUCGUGGCCGCCUGUGACGAUCCAAUCCCGUCUUUCAAUCACUGUUGUUCUGAGCUGCUCCUGUGUGCUGUCCUGGUGUUAAAAAGAAGAAAAUAUAUAUAAAUAUAUUAAUCGCUGAGUGUUGAGCACGGAAACGGCCUCAGUCACUAAACAAAGACCACUAAAACCUUAAAACAUGAAGUAUUUUUAUAUUUUCAGGUUUAAAGACCAACUAUUUUACCUGGAAUGUGGAUGACUAGUCGGAGCUGUAUUUUGUUGGCAUGAAGUAGUCUGUGGUGUUGUUUUUGUUUGUUUUAAUCUUUGACUGAAGCUUUACGUCCAGUUUGUGCUUCCUUUCUUGUUCGGCAUGAUGAUGUCAGGGAGUCGGUGGGUUUCGGUUUAGCCUUCGCCGCGUGGUCAGACCUGACGGUGUUUGUGCUGUGUUGACUUCUUGUUCAGCUUUUUCCACGAUGGCGGUGUUUUCUCUUCUGUUUUUCUUUUUUACUUAAAACUUGCAGCAGCUCCAUCUGUGUUAUAGAGAAGUGAUGUAGAGUGGAGAGCGGAUGCACAGAUUCUUAACGUAUGCACAGUAUUUUAAAAGUGCAUUUUUAACGUUUGCACAUAGCGAUUAUGGAAUUAAAGCUAAUUAAAUAUUUGAUUAAAUUGGGCAUUAACUCUGGCAGCUUCUACCACAGUGACUGUACAAAGGUUUAAUGUCCUACAAAGGGUUGACGAUAAAGCGUCAGUUUACAGGUUUGAUUCUUUCUCCAGAUGAUCUUUAGUGAUGUCUGAAGAUUUCAGCUUUACAACCAGACGCGCAAUAAAUGUACCAACACAUUCCUGCUGCAGCUGUCUCGUUAGCACAGCUCAUGGUGUAGUUAAAUCAUAUAUUCGUUUUCAUACUGAGAGUUACGGAGAAGAUCGUUACCAAAAUCAUGUCCGUGCUAAAGGUUAUCGCCAAUAUCUGAACGGAAGCUGAAGUCAUUUAAAAAUCAGAUUAUUGCGGUUUCUCGCGUGAUGUCAUGAACACGUCGUCUGCCGUGGACGAGAUGCAACCACCAUGGUUACUAUGGAAAUGUGUAUUCCCGAACUGAUUGGCCUUGGUUCCUGAGGUCUUUGGUUGAAAUGGGUUGCCAAGACGGUGGAACACCAAAAACGUCUUAGCGAUCACUUGUUGCUCACAGGUUGUCUGUAGUUUUUCACGUUUGCUAACUGUUAGCCCGGCUGUAGUAAAACCAGAAAUGAUGGAGAAGGUUUGUGUCAUACUUUGGACGGUGUUUGUUUUCAGGUCUGUUUCUUCCAUUCGGACUAAGACCGCAGCAACAUGUUAGGAACCAAAGUCAUCACAAGGAACUUUGGACAGUUGGAGAAUGCACAUUUUCCUUAGCAAGGGUUAGUUACCCCUGAUCGGGCCGUAGACCUGCGUGGCUGACACUUUAGUAAUCAUUUACCCCUCGCAACUGGUCUGGGAAUGAUCAGGAAACAACCGGUGGACGGCAGAUGGUUUCAGACUGGUCUCAAGUCUUAUAAUUUUCUACGCUGACUCCAUGACUGUCAUGUGUCUAUAAUGGUGAACCAGUCACAUGGUUAAACGUCAGUAACCUGUCAUUUCAUAGACUAAAGUUCCCUAAAAAAUCCAAAGAACGUCAUGUUUAUCUUUUGGCUCCACAUGACGACAAAACGAACGUUAGCGCACUAGCUAGCAUUAGCCAGAGGAAACACCAGUUUUUUGUAACGAACAUAGGUUAGCCAAACAGGAAUAUCAGACAAUUUUACGAUCUAUCCACUAUUUUAACGCAAUUUAGUUACUUUAGCUAGCUAAACUAACUAGGACCGCUUGCCAAUGUUAUUGUGGGCAAAAACUGUGAAUCCUAAUUAGCCAGCUAGCAAAAUUAUCAUUAUUAAGUCUAAGAUGAUUGAGUUGAAGCAAAAGCAUUAAAUUAAAAGAUGUGUUAACGUAGAGGGAUUAAAGGCAGGGCGGUUAGCCAGCUAACUGUAACGUCACACCGGCUAUUUAGUGGAGUUUAAACAUUUACAGCAUUUUCUGUCAGCACUAACAAAGGUUUCCUGGACCUGAUAAACAAAAAGCCUGAAGUUCUGAAGCUCGACACGAGACAUGAUUUUGGUAUCGAACAUCUGACGGUCAGCAUUAGGCUACGUCCUCAUGUACAUGGGUAUUUUUUAAAGCCAGGAUUUCUUUAUGAAAAAUAUCAAGAGCAUGCCAGCAGGUGGCGAUAUAAGCCUCCCUUAUAUCGCCACCUGCUGGUGGCAGCUCAAAAGAAUAAACAAUAAUUGUUUACUUUGGGACCAAAAGGCCCAGAAAAAGUCACAGUAACUAAAUGCCUGUGUACAUGUGGACAGGACCUUAAGCUAAACCAGUUUAUAACGAUUUCAAUUUUAUUUUUGUACCUGUGGCCACAUCUUCUGAUUAUGUACUAGCAAAAUUAAUAAAACCUGAUCGUAGUUAUUCGACCCGAAAAUUCAACCCACCGCGUGUCGUACUGUGAAUUUCGAUAGUUCUACAAAAUGUUUGUGUUUAGCUGUCGACGUUCACGUUAAACGGCUAUUCUAGUUUUAGUUUCCUUGUGCACGAGUACAAGACGACGCCAGCUAACGUUACAUUAGAAAUGUCAUUUCCAUCCAUGCAGCAAAACACAGCAAACAGGGAACGCCGUAAAAAGUUUCCGUCAACAUUUUUUAUUUGAUGCUUGAAAACAUGAAAGCUGGAUGGAAACUUGGCUGAUGACUACAAAGGUGUUGGCUACAGCUAUGGAAAUAAAAGUUGUAAUAAACAGCAGGAAGGAGACAGUUUCAGCAGCCGGGUGACUCGCUCCACAGUAACUUGAGUUUAUUGAUUUUGAGGCUUUUAUUCUGAAAGGCUGAACGCCUAAACUUUGUUUUUAUUUAUUUCACUCUGUCUUCAUGUUUUCUUUCUGCUGUUUUCAUCACGUCUGGUAUUUUGUCGUGAUGUGCGGACUCAGAAACGCCGAGUCGACCUUCUGUUUGUAUAUUUCUGGAUCCAUUUAUCUAAAGAUGCCUUUUGCGUUCACUUUAAUGCCACUUUAUUUAUUUGCAGCAGACGUUGAUGACGUGUUUUUUAUGGACUGCUUUACAAAAAGUGUUCAUGCAUUUUGACAUUUUGCAACCUCACAGGAAUGGAUGUAUUUUACCAGCUGAAAUAAACUCAUGUUGAUGUCGUGCACUUCAA